AUGACCUAUUCGACUGUCAUUCUCGCUCUUCUCGUGUGCUCCGUCGUCGCUCAGAUUGGACAACAGGAACAAGGACAGAAAGGACAAGGACAGUUCGGAGGAUCCCAGGGAGGACAACAGUCCGGACUCGGAGGACAGCAGCGGUCGGGAUCCAGCGGACAAGGAGAACAACAAUCCGGAAGCAUCGGCCAGGGAUCGACGGGAGGACAGUCGUCUUCUGGAUUCGGAGGACAACAGGGACAGCAGCAGGGAGGACAGUCUGGAUUCGGGGGACAGAAGCAAGGAAUCUAA